AUGGACAAGACAAAUACUGAAUGGGCCAAGGAUAUACCUUGUCGAAAUGUUAUAAUUUAUGGGUAUUGUAAGAAAGAGAAGGAAGGGUGUCCUUUCAAGCAUGAAAAUGGCGACUCCAGCUGUGGUGAUGAUGAGGAACCGGUGAAAAGUGGCGUCUCGGUUGUUGGGAAUGCUAAUUUGAAUUCUGCUUCUAGUACACCAACUGCUCCUUCGAGCUCGGCUUCGAAUGUUACACAGGGGAUUGUCCAACCUGUUGGAACUGUUCCCAAGUUUAAUGCGAAGAUUUCUGCUAGUUUCACUCCAAUGGGCGUGAAACCAGUUGAUUCAGGUGAGGUCCCACAACCGCAACCACAGCAGCAAUUGCUCCAGCUGAAAUCUCAAACACCACAGCCGCCUCAAUUACCACCACAAUUACCUAGUCUUAAUGCCAUGCCAAAUUCACAAUUGGCUUCUAAUGCUUCUGUUAACUCAAUCACUCAUUCUUUUGACCCAUAUUCUUCUAAAAGCUUUACCCCUACAACUUCUUCUGGGAACAUGAUGUCAAUGCCAAUGGUAAAUAGUGAAUCAAUGGAACCACAGUUCAAAUAUCCUAUUCCACCACCAAUGGGAAAUCCAGGUUUUGCAGGAACUCCUCCUGUAAGCGCCCCUCCUGCUAUGAAUAUGAAGUUCCCAACUAUAUAUCCUCCUCCUCAUAGUCUUCUUCAGUACCACUUAUAUGCACCAGACCCUCCUCCACAUUUCAAUUUAUCUUUGAAACCAAAUGAAGAACUACCUGAAUCAUUAUUCAUUCCAAACAAGUUACGUGAAACUUUAGUCAAGAGAAAUUUGGCGGCAUUACAAGUAUUACCUGCCGGUGGUGCAUUGCCUGAUAUUGUUCAAGAUUAUUUUGGCUUAGUACCAUUGGAUUUCCACAAGUCAGAAAUACCUAAGGACAACUACCAUGGUCACAAAAAUUCCCUUUAUAAAGUAUUUUCAAAUGUUGAUGGUAAUAUCUAUAUUUUACGUCGAAUUCAUGAUGCCAAAAUAACAGAUCCAUCAUUAAUUGCACAGACUUUCAAAGAAUGGAAUAAACUUUCAUCUGUAAAUUUAGUUCACUUAAAGGAUUUAUUCGUAACUUCUAAGUUUGGAGAUAACUCAUUAUGUGCAGUUUAUGAUUAUUACCCGCUAGCUACUUCACUAUACGAGAGCCAUUUUGUAAAUUUUCCCCGGACUCCUAUUACGCAAAACUAUCUAUGGUCAUAUUUGACCCAAUUAACCAAUGUGAUAAAAACGAUCCAUUCAAAUGGAUUAUGGAUCGGGCCAUUGUUGGAUUGGGAUAAA